AAAAAAAUAUACAAAGAUGCAUCUUGAUUAGGAGGAUGGAAACUUGAUGAUUAGCCACCAAGGAAGAAAGACUUCUCCAAAUCUUGUUGUGCCCUUUGUUAAUCUUGCAUGACCAAAAGUGCUCCCAAAAAUAAAAAAUAAAGGUUUGUUGCAAGACCAAGAAGAUAAGAGUGCUGAAGCCAAAGAAAAAUCUUGCCAUUCCUCUCAAACCAAAUGUGCCAAAACAAGGCCAUCAAAAGUUAGUCCCAAGUCGUUGUCCGGUCGACUGAGCUUUUUGCCUCCUCCGAGGGACCCAAAGUGAAUGCAUGUUGGUCGGCCAUCCUCUAAUGUUGAGGCGAGAUUUGAAGAUAGUCCGAAUGCUUCUGUUGAAAGGGCUUAGAAGAAAAAGAUUGUAUGCGAUUUGUUCUUCAAAGCUAACCAACGAAUAACUUUAAUCUUCAUGGGACGACAACUUUCCAAAUGACUCUAUAAUUCGGGCAAAGAAGACCACUUAUACAAGGAAUCCACUAACACAGUAGCGUUGCUGGUAAACUUCUGCACGGGGGUGUCCACAAUUCUAGCGGGCCUAGUUGGGCAGAGGAGACCAUCUUGCAAUUGUUUCAUGCACUGAAUAGAAAAUGGACCUCGCACUUGAAUACACCAUUGAAGGUUUCUCAAGCUCCACUGAGAUCCCACCAAUACAUUUUCUUCGAUUGCCACAGAGUAUAGAUCACUGAAACGCUGAGCAAGAGGUGUCAAGCCAAUCCAUGUAUCCUCUUAAAAUCUAACAUGCUCUCCAUUUCCAAAUCUGAAUGAAGUGCAGUUCCAAAAAGCACCGAGAUUCUUGCUAAUGUCCCUUCAAAUGGGGGAAGUUUCACGAGGCUUUUCCGAACUCUGAUUCCAAAUUUCUUUCUCUGAUAUGUUCAGCUUAAUAUAUCAAACCGUAAGCUUUCACUUCUGAGAACCACCUAUAAGAGACUUUAGUGGAAGUUGAAAUGACGGGAAGAAAAGCAUAACUUGUAAGCUAUGCAGUUUUAGGACGUGUGACCUGUUGCGAAAAUGCCGAGUAGUUGAGAACUUCAGAGAACGUUUUAACCCGCAACGUUAUAAAAUGUUCUCUCCAAUGUUUAUCUCGUUUCAUGCACAAGACUUGGUGUGGCAUCAAGUGUUAUUUGCUAAAUCAAUGGUGGAGUUGGAUAAGGUCAUUAGCCAAGUCAAUGGUUUAGCCCGCUGUCAUCCCUCCACCGCACCCCAAACCCAACAUUAGAAGACAUCUCUUAAUAUAGAUAUAGAUAUUAGAUAGAGAUCCAAAUUUCCGAGGGAAACAGACCGUUUCUCUCCCGCCACAAUCCAAAAACGAUGAUUUCUUCUCCUGUGAUCAUUUCCCACCCCUUAUGCCCUCCUCACCCCCAUAAUCUUUAUCGUACCUUCCGCCCUCAUUCCGAAUGGAAGAAAACCCCAAACCCCCUCCCUCUUCGACCAAAAGAGUCCAUUUCCCAUGGUAGAAACCCCGAAAGCCUCAACCUUGAACCCAUGAAGGUGGAACCCAAGCAAGUCUUAAAUACAACACACUCCAAAGAGACUGGCACUUCACCAACUACACUGCUGUCACACACCCAGAGCUUGAAUAGAUUGAUAAAUUCAAAUAGGCUUGCCGAGGCAAUGGAUUUGUAUGUCGACAUAAGAAACAAAGGCCUCGAACCCGGGAUCAUUGUCGAAUCCGUAGUGAUUGACGCGUUGAUGAAAUCUGGCCGGGUGACUGAUGCCUUUCAAGUAUUUGAAUCAAUGCCUGAGAGGAAUGUCAUCACAUGGACUUCGAUGUUAUCGGGUUGUGUCCGAAAUGAUUGUCAGGCAAUUGGGUUCUUCUUGUUUGUUGAAAUGCUUGAAUCCGGUGUGCUUCCCAAUGAUUUCACCUUCAAUGCCAUGCUCCAGGCUUGUGCUGACCAGGAAGCUCUGGGUUUAGGAGAGCAGGUGCAUUCGCUAGUUGUCCGUGCCGGGCUUUCAGAUGAUCGCUGGAUUGGCAAUUGUCUCAUUGACUUUUAUUCAAGAUGUGGGUUGAUGGCUAAAGCAACAAGAAUCUUUGAUAGGAUUCUGGAGCUGGAUUUGGUGAGUUUCACCUCAUUGAUUUCGGGGUUUUGUAGGAACAAUCAGUUUGAGUUGGCAGUAAAAGCAUUUGACCGGAUGGUGAGAUUCGGGUUAGAACCAAACGAGCACACAAUCACUAGUAUUUUGACUGCUUGUGGACCGUUGCUGGGUGAACAGAUCCAUGGGUACAUGAUUAAAACCAUGAUUGCUCAGAGUGUUUAUUCUGGAAGUGCUUUAAUUGAUUUUUACUCCAGAAAUUCUGAGUUCAAACGGGCUAGAGAUGUAUUUGAGAAGCUGGAAUCUAAGAACAUGGUAACUUGGAGUUCAAUGAUCUCUUGCUGUCUCCGGAAUGAGCGAGUAGAAGAAGCCAUGAGAAUGUUUUAUGACAUGGUUUGUGCAGGUUUCAAGCCCAAUGAGUUCACCUUUGCAGUUACUUUUGGAGCUUGUGGAUUAUGCUCCGAGUCCAUUGCCUUUGGACAUCAGCUCCAUUGCUCCGCGAUUAAGCUCAACUUGCUGUCAGAUACUCGUGUAUCCAAUGCUUUACUGACCAUGUAUGCUAGAAGUGGUGAGAUAGAAGAACUAGAGAAGUUGUUUGAGAGAAUUGAAAAUCCUGAUAUUGUCUCUUGGUCUGCAGCUAUAUCUGGCUAUUUCCAAAAUGGAUUCGAUGAGAGGUCUACAAGGUUACUUUGCCAAAUGCAUAGGAAAGGGUACACACCUAAUGAACAUGGCUUCUCUAGCGCCUUAAGUUCUUGUGCAAAUCUUGCUUUGCUAGAUCAAGGAAGACAAUUUCAUGGUCUUGCAUUGAAGUUAGGGUGUGAUCUUGAUGUUUGCACAGGGAAUGCACUGAUUAACAUGUAUUCUAAGUGUGGGUGCAUCGAUGAUGCAAGAUUGGCAUUUGAUGUUAUGCACACCCAUGAUGUUAUUUCAUGGAACUCCUUGAUUCAUGGUUACGCACAUCAUGGACAUGGGAAGAAGGCACUCAAGGUGUUUGAUAAGAUGGCAGAGUCCAGCUGCUGCAUCCCAGACCAUUCAACAUUUGUGGGGAUUUUGGCUGGAUGUAGUCAUGUAGGUAAUGUCAAUGAAGCACUUAGAUACUUUAAGAUCAUGAGAGAUUACUAUGGUGUAGUACCAUCUUCCUCUCAUUAUGCAUGCAUCGUUGACAUGAUGGGUCGAGCUGGAAGACUUGGUGAAGCUCUUCAUAUCGUUGAUCAGAUGCCAUUUGAAGUGGAUGUUUUGGUAUGGAAGACCCUGUUAGCAUCUUGCAAACUGCAUAAGAAUUUGGAACUAGGAAGGUUUGCUGCAGAGAAGAUUAUGGAGUUGUCCCCAAAGGACUCCGCAAGCUAUGUGCUUCUCUCAAAUUUGCAUGCUCUGCACGGAGAAUGGGAAGAUGCAGAGAGAGUGAGGGGAAUGAUGGAGGAAAGAGGAGUCAAGAAAGAUGCUGGAUGGAGUUGGAUUGAGAUUAAGUCUGAAGUGUGUGCUUUUGUUGCGAGAGAUAACUCUCAUCCAGAAGCUAAAUCUAUUUAUCAGAUGUUAGAGGAGCUCUUUGAGGUCAUGAAAGAUGAAGGCUAUUCACCUUCUGCCAGCUUUAGUGAUUUAUGACACUUAAAGGAUAGAAAAUAUAAUGUUUGUGUUGUCUUGAGAGGGGGGAAAAGCUUGGAGAAUGUAAAGGAUUGACUGAAAAAGUUGAGACAACCAAAUGAAACACAAACUUUGCAUCAUGUGUGUCUUCAGACUCACAAGAACCCAGAUGCAUAGAAGAUGCUUAAUUUACUCCAAUUCUAGUAAAGCUUUCAAGAGGGUGGGCCUUGGUGUAAUAGUCAGUUGCUCUAUUUUAACCUGGGUAUCACAAGUUCGAAAUAUAGAAACAGCCUUUCCACGUGCAGAGAUAAGACUGCAUACGCCUGACGCUUCCUAGACCCCAUGGUGGCUAGAGCCUCAUGCAUUAGGAUGCUCUUUUUUAAAGUAAAGCUUUCAAGAUGCCCCUAUAUUGUUGCAGUCUCCAACUUUUCAUGAUACAAAUGAUGAAGAUGUUUUAUACAAGAGAUGGGAAGACAAAAAACAAGAUCCAGUUGAAUCUGCUCAUCCUAAUAUUGAUACUUCCAGUUACUGAAAGAUUUUGUAGUCUUCUAUUUAACUCUUGAUUUAGAGAAGCUUACUAGUUUUAACUGUAUCUUCUCCCAUUGUUUAUUUUUCAUGAACCAUCAAUCUUAGUGUCUGAAUCUGUCUCAUUUUGUAUAACUUCUCAGUAGCAAUAAAUGAUAAUUUCUUCCUGCUGA